AUGGAAUCAGAUAUGAAAUCAAUUGAUCAUCCUCGACCUCCUCUUACACGAACUCAUUUAUCAGAAUCAACAUUAACAGAUAAAUCAAUGGCACCUUCUGCAAUGAUCAUUGAUGUUGAUUACCUAGAGGAUCAUCAUCAUCAUCAUCAUCAUCAUCAUCAUCAUCUUAGACAUUCAGCACCAAUGAUGUCUACCUCUCCUUCUAAUACUGCCGUUAAUCCUCCUGCUGAUUUAUUACAAGCUCUUCGAAAUAUUAAGGAACCUAUAGAUUCAUCCCCAUCAGCUCCACAUUCCUCAACCUUUUAUUCCAUUUGUGCUAGAAAUUGUCGUCAUUUUCGAUAUAAAUAUCGUCAGUUCUUUGCAGAAUUUUUGGGUACUUUUGUCAUGAUGAUUCUUAUCAAUGGCAUCUGUGCUGAACAAACAUUAGAUGUUGGUUCUUCUAAAUCUUGGUUGACUUCUUCUUUUGGAAUAGGGUUGGCUGUAUUAGUGGCAAUCAGUAUUUCUGGUCAUAUAUCAGGAGGACACUUGAAUCCAGCGGUGACACUUACUUUUUGGAUGUACAGUGGAUUUCCACGACAUAAAGUAUUGAUGUACAUCACGGCGCAAAUCCUUGGUUGUUUCUGUGGAGCAGCUGUUUUAUAUACGAUGAUUCGUCCAGCCAUAGAUAUGUUUGAUCAAGGUCAUCGACAGAUUGUAGGUCCUCAAGCAACAGCAGGUAUUUUUGCCACUUAUCCCCCGUUGUAUGCUGGUCCUGCAACGGCAGUGGCUUCCGAAAUCAUUGGCACCGCUCUCUUACUCUUACUCAUCAUGGUCACUGGUCAUCCCAACAAUAUGCCUUUUUGUUCCAUGCAAGGCGUCAUGAUCGCUGCUGGUUUGAUGGUGAUCUGUUUGGCCUUGGGUUAUACUUCUGGUUUUUCUUUAAAUCCAGCUCGUGAUUUAGGUCCUCGUCUUUUUACUGCCAUGGCAGGUUGGGGACCUGGCGUCUUCACCGUAGCCAAUUAUUAUUCAUUUAUACCCACAUUUGCCCCGAUCAUUGGUGGAUUGGUUGGGGGUUUGAUUUAUAAAUUAUGUAUUGAUCCAUUUGAUCCUCCUAGUCUUUGA